AUGAAGCCUCACAGGAAGGACUGGAGUGCUCGACUAGCAGAUGCGCUUUGGGCUUAUCGGACCGCAUACAAGACACCCAUCGGAAUGAGUCCAUUCCGCCUCAUCUAUGGGAAGGCUUGUCACCUUCCGGUGGAGGUGGAACACAAGGCAUACUGGGCGGUGAAGGAAUGUAACUUAGGAUUGGGGGGAGUCGGCACUGAAAGGAAGCUGCAGCUGCAGGAAUUAGAAUGCCUUCGAUUAGAGGCGUAUGAGAACUCACGGCUCUACAAGGAAAAGGUGAAGGCGGUGCAUGACAGGAAUAUUAAGAGGAGAGAGUUUAGAGCUGGGGAUUUGGUCUCACUUGCAUGUUGUCGCGACCAUGUAUUUAAGACACUAUAUUCUCCUUUGGCCUUGAUUAUCACUUGGACCUUCCUCCUCCCGGUUUUAGCUAUUUAA